AUGCCGACCUAUGGUUACACAGCCGACGGCGCGCAGCUGCUGGGGCGCGAGACGGGCCGCGGCCAGACCCUGGCGAUCUACCCGGCCAGCGGGGAGUUCCUCACUAAGAUCGAGGCCGCAGGCACCGGCUGCGUCGAGUACCUGAAGAUCUCCACAAACGGCGUCCGGUCCGUCCAGGUUGGCAAGCCGGUCGCCAAGGCCGUCUCCUUCACCGCGCCCGGCGGCCUCGAGCUCUUCGCCCUCAAGGGCUUCUACGGCGCCGGCUGCGCGGGCCCGGCGGUGCAGUUCAUCUGGGGGACUGAGAAGUGCGAGGAGAAGAAGGUCGUAGCCGCAGUGCCGCUGCCCGCCGCGCCGUCGCCGGUGCCGACGCCUGUGCCUGUGCCCGUGCCGACGCCUGUGCCUGUGCCCGUGCCCACGCCGGUCCCGGUGCUGGUCCCGAGCCCGGUGGCACUGCCCGUGCCAACCCCCAGCCCCGUUCCGGUCCCGGUGCGCACUGUGCACUGA